AUGUUGCGCAAGAUAUAUGAUGAAGAAGAGGAGGAAGAAGAUUUUGGUCCCAUCUACGACACCGAUGGAGAAGGAGAAUUUUGUGAAAGAAUAAGUUUCUUGGUUGAAGAGGAAUUUAUUGAAGAAUUUGAAGAAGAAACUAAUUUUGUGAUCGGAGAUGAAAUUGUUGAAACAAUUGUGAAAGAAAUCGAUUUUGUUGUUACAAACAAAAUUGUUGAAGAAAAGUUGGGAAGCCAUGUUAUUGGAACAUGUUGUUCAUCAACCCACAAGUACAAACCAUGA